AUGGCGAAAAGACGUGUUAAGAAGCGGACUCAUGUCCCUCCGCCGCAGGCUCGCGCGCCAGCCACCAAGAAUGGAGCUGCCGCAAUGAACAAGUCCCCCAAGAGCAUGGUGAUUCGAAUUGGCGCAGGACAAGUUGGCUCAAGCAUGAGUCAAUUGGCGAAAGACGUGCGAUCCAUGAUGGAGCCAGAUACCGCAAGUCGGUUGAAGGAACGAACGAGGAACAGGCUGAAGGAUUAUACUGUCAUGACUGGCCCGCUGGGAGUUACUCAUCUCCUGCUAUUCUCGAAAUCAAACAAUGGAAAUUCGAAUCUCCGCAUUGCCCUCACACCCCGCGGUCCAACUCUAAAUUUCAGAAUCGAAAAUUAUUCUCUAUGCAAGGACGUUAUAAAGGCAUUGAAGCGCCCGAGAGGUCUUGGGAAAAGCCAUACAACUCCUCCGUUACUGGUCAUGAACAACUUUUUAUCGUCAAAAGAGGAAGGGUCGUCAGGGAAAAUACCGAAACAUUUAGAGUCCCUUGUCACCACAGUUUUUCAGUCCCUCUUCCCGCCUAUAUCCCCUCAAGCGACUCCCCUCUCCUCAAUUCGUCGCAUCAUGUUACUCGACAGAGACCAAUCGUCGAAAACUGGAACAGACGAAUCGUUUACAGUAAAUCUACGUCACUAUGCGAUCACGACAAAACGGGUUGACCUAUCAAAGAGGAUAAGACGGCUUAAUCCUCGAGAACAUCGCAGCAAAGAGAAGGAUAAAGCUGUUCCAAACCUCGGGAAAUUAAAUGACGUUGCGGAUUACUUGCUCAGCGCCGGCGGCGAUGCUGGUUUUACUUCUGCUAGUGAAACUGAAAUGGACACAGAUGCAGAGGUAGAGGUUUUAGAAUCCACGACCAGGAAAGUUCUGAACAAAAAGGACCUUCAGCGGAUGAGAGACGGUGGAUCUAAAUCAGCCCGCGGUUCCGGAUCAAAUGUCGAAAAGAGGGCGGUGAAGCUGGUGGAAUUAGGACCGCGCAUGAAACUAAAACUGAUAAAGGUGGAAGAAGGACUAUGCGGAGGGAGGGUUAUGUGGCACGAUUAUGUGACCAAGUCGAAGGAAGAGUCCCAAAAACUAGAUGCAUCCUGGGAGAAGAAACGAAAAGAAAAGGAGGCUAGGAGGAAGAUACAAAAGGAGAAUGUCGAAAGGAAGAAGGCUUUGAAGGCUAAGACGCCACGGGGGGAGAAAAAUGAUGAAGAAGAAGACGAUUCUGAUGAAGACGAUGAAGAUAAUUGGGAUAGUGAUGAUUUCAUCCAUGACGAAGGGGAAAAUGAAGAGGACGAAGAAAUGGAAGACGAAGAUGCAUAG